AUAGCUCUCCUUACGGAACCCUGAAUCAACGCACACUCUCCAUUGCGUGUUCCUUCAAACCAUUUUGCAACGGAAUUUGUAAUUCUCAAUAAUAACAAUUAUCCUUUUAUCACGACCUUCAUUAUUGAACUUUGGUUAACUCACUUACUAUUGUUUUCAUAAAUGCAUAACAGACCAAGCGCGUGCGCAGCGUAGUCGUAUAUAGACGCCGCAACCGCGGGGCCAGUCCAGUCGGAAACAUGACGUCCAAAGGAUUCUACAUAUUCAAUAUCCUUCUCCUAAUAUCGAUCGCAACUUUACUGUACGCUAUACGGCUCCCCAUCAACACAGAGACGAAAAUAUCCUGGGGAUAUCCCAAAGAUUCCCUAUUUAAUUUCACGGAGCUCACAAAUGAAUAUGGAUACAGCUCUCAGGAACACACAGUCGUCACGGAAGAUGGAUACAUCCUUACCAUGUUCAGGAUAAAUAAAGGAAGGAACUGCAACGGAAAAACCAAACUUCCACCGGUGAUCCUCAUGCAUGGACUUCUCCAGAGCUCCGACUCCUGGCUGGACGCGGGGCCCGACGCUGGACUAGCGUACCUGAUAGCAGACGAGUGCUUCGACCUCUGGGUCGGCAACUGCAGAGGCAACUACUACUCCAGAAGACACGUCUCCUUGAACCCUGAUACGGAUCACCAGUACUGGCAGUUUUCUGUAGACGAAAUCGGAUAUUACGAUGUCCCGGCUAUGAUGGAUUACGUGCUGGACCACACGGGAGCUGACAACCUGAACUACAUUGGAUUCUCUCAAGGCGCUGGUACUUUCUUCAUCAUGUGCUCCGAAAGACCUGGAUACUGUGAAAAGGCGAACGUGAUGAUUGCUUUGGCACCUGCAGCGAGACAGACAAAUACGGGUUCUAUUCUGUACAGAUUUAUAAUGGAAAGUGUCUACACAAUUGAGGGUAUCUUGAAAAAGACGAGUGUUGGUGAGAUCUUACCCAAGGGCUCUUUUAGCCAGGAGUUCCUCGCGUUCUUUUGCCAGCUGAAUUCGAUGACCGGUAGCAUAUGUACUACUGUUCAGUCUUUGUUAGACGCCUACCACCCGGGAUCGGUAUCCAACGAGACCACUAGAGUGCUCUAUGGUCAUUUCCCUGCUGGUACCUCAGUGCAUAAUAUGGCGAGAUACGGUCAAAGUAUGAUGCGGAAUGAUUUUGCGAAAUUCGACUACGGGAAGGUGCAUAAUUUGGAAUUGUAUGGAAGUGAGGAGCCUCCGAAGUACAAUCUUAGUGCGGUAACAGUGCCGGUGGUGACUUUGUAUGGCAGGAACGAUGGGUUGGUAGACGUGAAAGAUGUGAAGUGGUUGCUGAAGAAACUGCCGAAUGUUGUUGAGGAGAUGGCGGUGUCGGACGCCCUGUGGACCCACCUGGACGUGACGUAUAGUCAGUAUACGAGAACAUUGAUAUUUCCUAAGAUUUAUGAGCAUUUACAAAGCAAUAGUUACAAUUAGAUUGUUUGUUAAUUUUAUAUUUAAGUGAAAGAGAGUGCUCAUUAAUGCAAUCUAAGUCAUUAUGUUUAACAUUAAAUUAUAUUUUAUUUAAAUGAUUCUUGUUCAAACUUUACAAUUUGUUUAAGAAAUAAAGGGGAAAU